UGUUUGGAUUUACAUGAUUCUUCAAGUCAAUCUAUCCUCGGAAAUGAAUUAGAGAUAAUGUAAAUAAAUCUCGUAAAUAUUGGGGCAUCAUCUUAGAAAUUCUGUUACUAAUUUGAUCCCCAUGAAUAGUUUUGUUGAUCUUGGCUGCUCUUCUGUUUUGGUGAUCAGUUUGGUGAGACUGAAGAAGAUGAUUAAGGAGGCAGAGGGUUGAUCAGUGAGCUUUAAUGUAAAAUUAGUUCUUAAUUACCUGUAGAAAUGAUGAAGUCCCCUGGAUUAGACAUCUUCAAAUUACUCUUACUUGUGUUUACUGUUUUUACUGCUGAAGCUCAGCUGGAAUACAAGUCUCCCAGCUGCGAUAGCACUGCUAAUUACACUUCUGGCAGUGCUUAUGAGCGAAAUCUGAACCUGACUCUUGCUUCACUUGCAGCAAAUGCUUCGCAGACUGGCUACUUUGAGACCUCAGAGGGCGAGAACCUUGACACAGUUUAUGGACUCAUCCAGUGCAGAGGAGACAUCUCUAAGGAAGUCUGUGAAGCCUGUGCAGCUGCCGCAGCUGUAGAAAUUCGCCGACUAUGUCCUUUCAAGAUGGAAGCUUUUCUUGGUUGUGGUCCUUGUUGGUUACACUACUCAUUCUGGAGAUUCUUCUCUACUGCCAGCAAUCAACCAACUUUUAUCUUGUUUAACUCCCAGAAUGUAUCGAACCCAGUUGUUUUCCAUCGUCAACUGGCCUCGUUACUAAGGAAUCUGUCGUCCAAAGCUGUUUUGAGUCCUUCCAAAUUUGAUUCAGGUAUCAUUCCUUACACACAGUUUACCAACAUAAGUGCUGUAGUACAGUGUACAAGAGAUUUAGAAGAAGAUAGUUGCCAGACUUGCCUUCAAGACAUUACUGCUGUUAUUCCAUGUUGCAAUGGACCAGAAGGUGGUCAGGUGUUCUGUCCAAGUUGCUUUCUUCGUUUUGAGAUAUACUCCUUCUUUCAAUUGUCAUCUCCUCCUCCAUCUACUCCAGUUCUUAGGCCUCAAUCACCUAAUUCAACACCCACUCCCACAAGUAAGAAGAAAGGAUCCGAAAACAUAAUUAUUGUGGCCAUAUCUGUAGCUACUGGGCUUCUGUUAGUGGUCAUGGCAAUAAUCUGCUGUAUCUUGUUCCGAAGAAAAAUGAAGACGAAAAGAGCAGCUGGUAGUGAUGUCAUUGUUAAUGAAGAGGGUGAGAAAAGCAUGGAGUCGCUGUUGAUUGGACUAACUACGCUUAAAGCUGCAACUGAAAAUUUCUCUGAUUCAAAUAAACUUGGGGAAGGUGGUUUUGGUCCAGUUUAUAAGGGAAAAUUGCGUAAUGGGAAGCAAAUUGCUGUUAAAAGACUGUCAAGUAGAUCAGGGCAAGGCGUAGAAGAGCUGAAAACUGAAGUUAUGUUGGUUGCUAAAAUGCUGCAUCGUAACCUUGUAAAGCUGUUGGGCUUCUGCAUAGAAGAAGAAGAGAAGCUCCUAGUUUAUGAAUACUUGCCUAAUGGCAGCCUGGACAAAAUUCUAUUUGAUGAAAGUAGGGAGCUUAGUCUAGAAUGGGAGAGACGAUACAAAAUCAUUUUUGGAAUUGCAAGAGGCCUGCUUUAUCUCCAUGAAGAUUCUCAGCUCAGGGUUAUUCACCGGGAUUUGAAAGCCAGCAACAUUCUUUUAGACGAACACAUGAACCCAAAAAUUUCCGAUUUUGGCUUGGCUAGAUUAUUCGACGAAAACCAGACUCAAGCCAACACACUGCGGAUUGCUGGGACAUAUGGAUAUAUGGCACCAGAAUAUAUUAAGAAAGGGCAGUUCUCGACAAAAUCUGAUGUGUACAGUUUCGGAAUCUUAGUUUUAGAAAUCAUUUCUGGGCGAAAAAACUCCAGUUCCUGUGAGUCAAUAAACCUUCAAAGUCGGGCAUGGCAGAACUGGGCAAAUGGCACAGCUUUGGACCUACUAGAUCCAGCAAUAGACAGCGAAUAUUCAAGAGAUGAAGUUAUCAAGUGCAUUCAAAUUGGUUUACUGUGUGUUCAAGAAGCUCCAGUUGAUAGACCUACAAUGUCACAUAUAAUUACCAUGCUAAGUAGUCAGACCAUUUCCUCUCCAGCUCCUUCACACCCUGCAUUUUUCGUGUCUGCAUCAGGUUUUGAUUCGGAUUCAAGAGCAGAAAAUUCUAGCACCACACAAGAAGGAAAGUGUAAUACGAAUCCACUUCAACAAUCCAUAAACGAGGUCACAAUCUCCGAAUUACAUGGUCGAUAGGAAUCAUCGUAUUACUUCCUUUAUAAUUUAAUCUUCAAAUUACACAGUAAUCAUCUAUGGUAUGACUGUAAUUCACAGUAUUAUUGGUAUUGCUAUAGCUAUUGCAAGCAAGAAAAGAGAAUGCUGAUGCCGGGGUUGUCA